GUGUGGCAACCCUUAAAAUGUGAAUGCUGUUAGGGAAAAAUCAAUUUUUUAAGUCUGUGCAAAUAUUUAAAGUCGAGCAAAGAAAAUGUCAUCGAACGCUGACUGCUUUGUGGUGCUGCCUCCAAAAUGUUCGUCUGACUCUUUAAUCUUGGGUCGAAAUGCGGAGGAUGCAACAGCCGUGGGUGGCAUAGGUGUUUCCUCGGAAAUUUGCUACUUUGAUGCAAGUGCCGUGCUGGAGGGGAAGACUGAUGGUGGCGCUGCCUUGGAACCAACUAGUGAUACUUUACGUGUAAUAUUGCAAAAACCCCAACCCGGCGUCUGGGGCGGCGAUUACGGGUCCAAUGAGAAAGGUGUGACUGUUGCACUCACUUGGAGUACGGGCGAGGAGCAGGCAAAAGAUACUGAUAGUCUUUUAGCAACGGAUAUAGUGCGCAUUACCUUGGCGCAGUCCAAUGAUGCUGAGACUGCUGUGGACCACAUUGGCUCGUUGGUGGCCAAGCACUGCAAUGACAAUACCAAAGUUAACUUUAUAGUUUGUGAUCCAUCGGCCGCCUGGAUAUUAAGCAGCGCCGGCAAGGUCUGGGCAGCCGAAAAGCUACAAUCAAGCUGGCAGCGUGUGCCUAGCGGUGGUUUGACUGUAACUAGCACAAUUGACAAGUCUAGUGAUGGCUUAGACACAUCAGUUAGCUUUGCGGCUGCCCAUGAUGCAGAGGCUGAGGCUUCCACAGCCGAUUGGUGUGGCGUUAAGCCGGAAGGUGAGGGCGCCUUUACGCAACAGGAUAUGUUUCUGACAUUGCGCUCAGCUUGUGGUGCUGAUUCGCGUGGCGCCAGCGUGUCCGUGUUGAGCGGCAAGGGUGUGUCGUGUCAUUGGUUUACCGGCACUCCUAAUGCCGCCGACUCUGUGUUCAAGCCAUUUGUAUUUGCGCCCAAGCCGCGCAUUUCGCCGCUAACCCAAUUGCAGCCGGACUCCAAGGAGACGCUGCUGCACAGCCUACAUGCCAAUCGCAAGCCUGCUGCAUUGGAGCAUCUACGCAGUCUGGAGGGCUCCUGUGUGGAUGAGUUGAACAAUUACUUUUCGCUCCAGGAUCAUGCCAGUGACGAAUUGGACGAACUACUCAAGGACUGCGUUGAGGCUGAAGUAAAGUUCUAUCGCUAGACAAUUAUAAUAACGAUUAACACAUUUCGAUAUUUAACUAGCUUGCAAGCAAGACAACGCGCAGUUAAUCCAAACUUGAUAGGCUUUUUUUUUAUAUGCUCCUUAAUGCAAUGCAACGACAGGGUAUCUUUGAAUUGAUUUAUUUGUAUUUUGUUUGGUGCAAUUUCCAUUUGUUUUGUUUAGUGUGAUAUUUAUGAAUUUAUUUUUAAACUUUUCUACUCAUGGUACGUGCAAUCUCGAUCUUGAAUUUUUUUUAUAGUAUUAUGCGCAACGUUUUUGACAUUCCAAGUGUUUAAGUAGCAUUUUGCAUUUGCAUAAAAAAUAU